CGAGUUCUAGAAGUUGGUGUCGGAAACCAUAUCGUGCGGACCAGGAACUGAAGUGUUGGUAAACAAAGGAGAGUCUGUAACUUAAAGAUUGGAAAGGGAGAGUUUAUUGUGAUCAGAGACGAAACUGUCGGCGUUUUUAACAGGCUGUACGAUUCGAAUCCGUUAAAGAACAUCUUAUAUCCAGUUUACUAAUGGGUAAGCCAAACACACAACACUGACAUACAGCACACGUCAGUGGACUGCUGGGUCAGAUGAGUUAUAUUGGAGCUAUCCGACUCUGAAAGCGAGGUCCUCAUGCUUAUUGUUACGAGCGGUGUACAUUAGUGCUGGAGGUGUGAGAAGGCCCAGUGUGUGACUUGAGCCUAGAUGUUGGCUGCCAUCACCAGGCCACUAUCAUGGCAUGGGAGGGCAACAAGCUGACACUCAGACGCCUGGAGGCACCUGUACAGAAGUUUGUUAAAGUGGCUCUGCCCACAGACCUGGAAAGACUGCAGAAACACCACAACAAUAUACUGAAGUUUCAACGUGGUCAAGAAUGGGAACGCCUCCACCAAGAGCAUAUCAAUGCCAGCAGAACUGUACAGCAGCUCAGGGCCAACCUCAGGGAGAUGGAGAAGCUGUGUGGGCGUGUCCGCCCUGAGGAUGGCCCCGCCCUGCAGCAGUUGGUCACGCCCAUCAGAGAGCGAGCACUUGCCGCGGCUCAAGACUUCCUCCUUCUACACUCUAACCCCGCCCCCUGCCCCCGUUGGUCUGACCCAUCGUCCACCGGCCACCCCGUAGACCAGGAGGGUGACGAGCCCCCGCCCCUCUGCCAGGCUCAGCUCUGCCUCCCGGAGAUCCCUGCCAAGCAGAACGCUGCAGAGUCCUGGGACAGCCUGGAGGAGGACCUGAAGGAUCUCAGCGGCCUGGUGACGGAGUUCUCCCUGCUGGUCCAUUCCCAGCAGGAGAAGAUUGACAGCAUAGAAGACAACGUCAACACAGCAGCUGCCAACGUGGUGGAGGGGACCAGGAGCCUGGGGAAGGCGGCGGGCUACAAGUUGGCCCUGCUGCCCAUGGCAGGGGCCCUUCUGGGUGGGGUGCUUGGGGGUCCCAUCGGCCUGCUGGCGGGGUUCAAAGCCGCCGGGAUUGCGGCGGCCCUGGGGGGCGGCGCGCUGGGCUUCGCUGGGGGGAGCCUGGUCCAGAAGCAGCGCAAAGCCACGGUGGAGCUGCAGAUGAAGCGGCUGAACGCACCGCCUGACCACAAGCCCCCCGAGAAGAGCGACUGAAGAGACAGUUCUACAGCGGGGUCGGGACACCCGCUCCGCUGUUGGCGACAACAGGGGACGGCUGUCUCAUGAGUCACACUACAGCAUGCGGUUGCUGUGCCUUGGAAAGCAGAGUGGAAGUCAUGGCACUAUCAACACUAACUUGAUUGUUUUUCGUCAACCUCUAUCGUUUUUCUGGAAAGCUUUAGUUAUUCAAUGCAAUAUAUACUUGUAUUCUUCAAGAUUGAUUCCCUCCCUCUUCUGUGAAAUGCUGUCCUACUUUAAACAUCAAAACUAUAGCACUACUUGUUUCAUAUAUGGAUGAGAUUUGAAUAUGUAAAUUAAUAACUGUAUAAAAGUGCCUAACGAGAUCACGUCAUUGAUCCAAACAUGCCAUUCUAAUGCUGCCCUUUAAUUGCCAAAUUAAAAUGGAUAUUUUCCACCUUCUUGACCCUCAGCAUAAACCCAGUCACUGUAUGAAUAAGUAGACACAAAAAUAAGAAGUCGGACAACAAACUAUCUUGUAAAAUGGUUUUAAUUUAAUCUUUUCAAGUCGGCUACUCUCAUGAUGUGAUGACUUGAUUUUUAAAAAUGUUGCUCACCGUCCCCUAUUUCCCCCAACGCUCCCUUUGUUUACAUCAACAUGCAGGCUGCCGUGGGCCUGUUGGAAAAAAAUAAUAAAAAGAAGGCAAAGGUGCACAGCAUCGAACUAACAACUUUGUCCCAAUGCCUCGAGUUACCCUACAACACAGCCCAUUGAAACGGGCCUGGAUCUUGCAAACGGUGGGGGGGGGAAUCAAAUGAGGAGCCUUCUAUGAAGAAAUAAGAAUCAAAUCCUCCCAGGCUGCAGACCUUGUGCUCCCAUCAGGAAGCUGUCUGGUAGCUGGGGUCAAACAUGAGAGAGGGGGAAGCCCUUCUCAGCAAAGACGGGUUAAACCAGACAUUGCAAUAAUUCAGGGCCAUGUUUCAGAACUUCAAGGGAAACACGACCCCAUCCAUAACCAUUUAGUACCAUUCAGGGUGAGUGGCAACAGGCCGCCCCAGCUUAUUUUAUUGGGGUCACAGGUCUUUUAUUAUCUUGUCAAAUUAUCUACGGUGUUAAGAGGCCGAUAUGCACGAGAACUCACAGAGAAGUCGCUACUUCAAACUAACAUGUUAUUGUACAUUGCGCUACACAAAUGGAUUUGGGUAGAAAUCUGAAGCCAAGGACACACUGUACUGACUGUACUGGAAAACCCACAGAACUGAACCAGAGACCUGGAGUGAGGGAGCCCACCUUGGUUUGUUUUUUUACAAACAACAAAAAUAAAAUAAAGAAAACUCUGCGUUUAAUUUAGACCAUGAUGACAGACACGCCGACGUAGCACACACAUAUUUACAAGCGCCAAAAAAAAAAAGUAAAAACACAUUUUUGAUGUCCUAAGCCCGCCUUUAACAUCGCCCUCCCUCCGUUUAUCCAAAUAAAAAU